AGGGGGGCUCCUCGUCCCGCCCCUCCCUCCUGUCCUCCCUCCCGUCCUCCCCGCUCCGGGCCCCACCCGGCUCAGACGGCUCCGGACGGGACCGCGAGCACAGGCCGCUCCGCGGGCGCCUCGGAUCCCUGCGGGACCCCACCCCCGCCCAGCCUGCCCAGCCCGCUGCAGCCGCCAGCGCGCCCCGUCGGCAGCUCUCCAUCUGCACGUCUCUCCGUGAACCCAGUGGGCAGUGUGCCGCCACCAUGUUCAGCUGGCUGAAGCGGGGCGGGGCACGGGGCCAGCAGCCCGAGGCCAUCCGCACAGUGACCUCGGCCCUCAAGGAGCUGUACCGCACGAAGCUGCUGCCGCUGGAGGAGCACUACCGCUUCGGGGCCUUCCACUCGCCGGCCCUGGAGGACGCAGACUUCGACGGCAAGCCCAUGGUGCUGGUGGCUGGCCAGUACAGCACGGGCAAGACCAGCUUCAUCCAGUACCUGCUGGAGCAGGAGGUGCCCGGCUCCCGCGUGGGGCCUGAGCCCACCACCGACUGCUUUGUGGCUGUCAUGCAUGGGGACACUGAGGGCACCGUGCCCGGCAACGCCCUCGUCGUGGACCCAGAGAAGCCCUUCCGCAAACUCAACCCCUUCGGAAACACCUUCCUCAACAGGUGUGCCAGCUCCCCAAAUCAGGUCCUGGAGAGCAUCAGCAUCAUUGACACCCCCGAGUAUACCUGUGGUGCCAAACAGAGCAUUCAGAGAGGCUACGACUUCCCGGCCGUGCUGCGCUGGUUCGCGGAGCGCGUGGACCUCAUCAUCCUGCUCUUCGACGCGCACAAGUUGGAGAUCUCGGACGAGUUCUCGGAGGCCAUCGGCGCGCUGCGGGGCCAUGAGGACAAGAUCCGCGUAGUGCUCAACAAGGCCGACAUGGUGGAGACGCAGCAGCUGAUGCGCGUCUACGGCGCGCUCAUGUGGGCGCUGGGCAAGGUGGUGGGCACGCCCGAGGUGUUGCGUGUCUACAUCGGCUCCUUCUGGUCCCAGCCUCUCCUCGUGCCCGACAAUCGGCGCCUCUUUGAGCUGGAGGAGCAGGACCUCUUUCGCGACAUCCAGGGCCUGCCCCGGCACGCCGCCUUGCGCAAGCUCAACGACCUGGUGAAGAGGGCCCGGCUGGUGCGGGUUCAUGCUUACAUCAUCAGCUACCUGAAGAAGGAGAUGCCCUCUGUGUUUGGGAAGGAGAACAAGAAGAAGCAGCUGAUCCUCAAACUGCCCGUCAUCUUUGCGAAGAUUCAGCUGGAACAUCACAUCUCCCCUGGGGACUUUCCUGAUUGCCAGAAAAUGCAGGAGCUGCUGAUGGCGCACGACUUCACCAAGUUUCACUCGCUGAAGCCGAAGCUGCUGGAGGCGCUGGAUGAGAUGCUGACGCACGACAUUGCCAAGCUCAUGCCCCUGCUGCGGCAGGAGGAGCUGGAGAAUACCGAGGUGGGUGUGCAGGGGGGCGCUUUUGAGGGCACCCACAUGGGCCCGUUCGUGGAGCGGGGACCUGACGAGGCCAUGGAGGACGGCGAGGAGGGUUCGGACGACGAGGCUGAGUGGGUGGUGACCAAGGACAAGUCCAAAUACGACGAGAUCUUCUACAACCUGGCACCUGCCGAUGGCAAGCUGAGCGGCUCCAAGGCCAAGACCUGGAUGGUGGGGACCAAACUCCCCAACUCGGUUCUGGGGCGCAUCUGGAAGCUGAGCGAUGUGGACCGCGACGGCAUGCUGGAUGACGAGGAGUUCGCGCUGGCCAGUCACCUCAUCGAGGCCAAGCUGGAGGGUCACGGGCUGCCCGCCAACCUGCCCCGUCGCCUGGUGCCACCCUCCAAGCGACGCCACAAGGGCUCCGCCGAGUGAGCCGGCCCCCCUCCCCUGGCCCUGCUGUGGCUCCCCAGCUCCAGUCGGCUGCAUGCACACCCCUGCCCCAGCUCACACAUGCCCUGCCUGCCCUCCCUGCCCAGCUGUAAGGACCGGGGGUCUCCCUCCCCACUACCACCAGACACCCCGGUGGAAGGGUUUAGAGGGGACCACGGGAGGGACAAGGCUUCUCUGUCCGCCCUUCACACUUCCAGCCUCACGUUCACUUAGGCACAUCACACAGACACUGGCACGCGCAGGCAUCCAUCCAUCCAUCCAUCUAUCCUUCAUUCAAAUAUUUAUUGAGCACCUACUAUGUGCCCAGCCCUGUUCUAGGCACCGGGCAUUACCACAGAGAACAAAAUAGACAAAUACAUCUGCCCUCAUGGAAGGUGACAUUCCCAGGAGAGGGUACUUACACA